AUGGCGGCAGACCUUGCUUUGGUCCCCGGCGUGCAAGCUGAUGAUGACAUGGGUGUGCCCCGUGUUCGUGGCGAGGAUGGUAUGCUGGACCAGGCCGCAUUUGGUGGAACGAAGCGAUUGUUGGUGGCGAACAAGAUCAUUGCCGGCAUGCCCGAUCGAGCUCUUGAUUUGAUCCGGGGAGGGCAAUUUCAAGGUGGAGACCUUGUGGAGAUUGGUGCGAACUACGUGUGGCUUAAACCGUUGGUCGAGGAAUUCCAGCGUUUUGUGCCGGGAUCGUUGGUGCUCAUUGACAUUCUAUUGUAUGCCGACCGAUUGCUUGAUGGCCGUCUUUUUCCCCAAGAGCCCAAACAGACCCAUGUUAGCAAGGAGGCAUCCAGAUUGAAGAAACUGGUCGGAGCACUCCGAACUCUGUAUCGGAACAGCGAUGCCAGCUAUUGCCCACGGGUUCACGAGCUGAAGCAAAUGCUGUUGCCUUCUCCGUCUUCUGAGGCUCGUGCUCGCAACCGUGCACAAGCCUUGGCAGAAUCCCAGGAUGAGGGCGACGAGUCCGACCAGUCCAGCGACGUCGAGAACUUGGAGGCCCACCCAGAUGAUGCGACCACUUUGGCGCUUGGCGAAGUGUCACCUAUGUCGGAUGUGGAGACUGGGGGCGGUGAUGACUCUGACGAUUCCAGUGGUGAUGAUGGCGAGUCCGAGAUGUCCAAGGACGAGGAAGAGCAGCCACCGCUGGAGGAAUCCCAGUUCCAAGAACAGCAACAGGAGUCCAGCUUUUGGAAUGGAGAUCAUGGCCCUCGUGAAUCGGGUGAAGAAUCUGAUGCAACGGAUGACGAGAAUGUUGACGAUGUGUUGCCAGAGGUCAAUCCCAAGUCCGUCCCAAUGGAGCCCGAUGAUCAUGUCGUGAAGAAAGAGCCCAAGAAGACCAAAUCCGGCAACAAGGUGAAGAAGGCAUCCAAAAGAUCCAAGGCAUCAUUCAAGCGUCACAACAAGGCCAAGCCGAACAAGAAGGACACGGAAGAGGAGGAUGAUGGUAAGGCGCCCACAUACGGCGACUACAGCCUGGCAGGCAUUCCCAAGAAUGCAUUGCCCCAGGAAGACAGGGCGCACAAAGGCAAGCACAGCUACAGUGUCCACAAAGCCGGCAAGAUCAUAGAGGUUCUUUUGAGGACAAACGAUCGCAUGGAAGAAAUUCGGAGGCCCCCGAAGUGCAUGGAUCACGGCCUGCACUCGGGCUGGGAUGCCAAGCGAGUGUCAAUCUUGGCUGGGCUACGCAUGAUGCGGGCUCCAGCUGUUGUGGCGCUUUUGGUGAGCUUGGUGUUCAGCUUGGACCUGCACCACGCAGCAAAGGACCAGCUAGAUCACUUGGAGCUGUUUGCAGGACGAUCGGCUUUGGGCCUGGAUAUCAGGUAUGACAAGACAAUGGAUAUUACCUCCACGGAGGGGUUCAUCGCAACAUUGCAUGCUGCAACACGUUUGAAACCUGGAAGCGGGACGCUGGUGGUGUUGCUGGUGGCAGCAGCCUUGCGCUGCUGGACUAUCCUAGAGCAGCCGAAAGGUAGCCUCAUGGAGAUGCACCCGGCAUUUCAAGAAUACCUAGGAACACCAACACUGAAGACCCUGUUGAAAUGGUUGUUCAUUACACUGACGGAAGCGGACGGGUUUGGCAAAGCUCUGGCGCGGUUGAGAUCCGAGUAUGCUCCCCUUUUGAAAAGGGAAGCUAGGAAGGAAAUUCGGGCUUCCCUGGUUGAGUACCGCAAAAUUAAGACAAAGCUGUCUGACCAGAAGAAGAAGACCAAGGAAAGAGAUAGCAGCAAAGAGAAGAAAGCAGAGGUGAAAGAAAAGACAUCAGAGAAAGGUGUCCGUGAGAAGGAAAAGGGACAUAAGGUCAAUGCUGAUGAUGAGACGACCGCAGUUGAGAAGGCUGCAAGAGAUGCAGGCAAAGGCAAGGACAAGGAGAAGCAUACUGAUGAGAGUUACAAAAAGAAGGCAGAGAACGUAGACGGCAAGAAACGUCGCAAUUCAGAGGAGAAGAAGGAGAAACACAGGAAGAAAGAGAAGAAGGAGAAGAAAUUGAAGGAAGAACGCAAGACAGAAGAGGAGGAAGAAAUGGAUGUCGCCUCUGAGGAAAUCAUCCCAGUGAAGGCAGCAGACAAGCCAGUGCUAGCACUGCCUGCUCCCUCUGAAGCAAGCACCAGUGUGGGAUGCUCAACCCCACCGUCCACCCAUCGCUUCAAUUCACCUACUCCGUCUUCAACCUAUGAAAGGUUUGAAGCAGAAGCUGCAAAGAAAGGUAUUGAACUGGAAGAAUACAUGAUGCAAGUGUCCCAAGACAGCUUGACAGCAGCAGUCGAAGCAAAGAUGGCAAGCUUAGUCAGACAGAAUCAAGCCAAGGAGGACACAGAAGCAAAUGAAGCAAAGGAGAACACAGAGACAAGCUUAGUCAAAGCGAAUCAAGCAAAGGAUGACACAAAAGAAAAGGGAGACGAGGCUUCAGAAGAUGACGAAGAGGAGUCAGAAGAAGAGGAAGGAAAGGGAGAUGAGGGCCAGGGUCAGGUUAAUGAAGGUCAAGGUUCGGGCUCCAGCAGCGCAGAUGAAACCUCAAGCGAAGUUUCGUCAGAAAGUUCCGAUGAAGACAAUGGGGUGGAGGAGGAAGCAGAGGAGAUCUUAGAGGCUCUCAUGGACGAUGAUGAUGAUCAUGAGAGUCAGGAGAGCGAAGAAUCGGAAGAGGAGCAGGACAAAGAAGACACGGAGGGAGAUGAGACACCUGCAGGAAGGAAGGUAAGCUUUGAGGAACCAGUACCAAAGGCAGCCAGCACACCAAAGGCAGCGCUUGCUCUCAAGGAUGCAGUGGACAAGCAGGAGCCUGCCAUUCUACCCAUCCAGGAAAUCUACUACUACGUCAAUCAGGGUUCCAAGCUGAUGACUGAUGACAUCACGGCUGACUCCACUACCGUUACGGGUGUCGACAAAGGAAACAGGGAGCUUGUUGAGGCCUUGACGUGUGAAGGUGGAUUGCUGGCUGUGGGUGCUCUCCCUGCACCUGAUGUUGCAACAGCGGAAGGCCAGAAAAAUUUGUUGGAGGCGAUGGCGGGAAGUGUGGCUGAGGCCCCCAAGAAAAAGCAAAAGGCACCGGGCACCACCACAGAAGAAGCGGUGCCAAAGACUUUUGAAGAGAUCCUUGACACCAAAAUGGAGGAGUGCCUCAAAAAGUCUGCGGACGGUCGCAAGUAUGCGGUGGCCUUGGGUUCGCUGGAGUACAGCGGAGAUUUGUCAAAGGAAUUGAUGACAUUCUCCACCAAGUUAGAAACUGUGUUCCAGAAAAUGCAGGAAUUGCGGUCCCAGGGAAACAAAGACGAACGUGUGUAUUCAAAGUUCUUUCAGAUCUUGGACGACAAAUUCUCUUGGUAUCAAAAGGCGGAGGCUGCAGCCAAAGGUUUGCAGCAAGGACUGAGCGCAAAGCCCAAAAAGGGGAAAGCAAAGGCCAAAGCGAAGUCAGAAGCCAAAGCACCUGGCGUCAAUAAACUAGAGUUGGGUGAUGGAUUUUCUUCUGGUAGGCGGCCUGCCUAUGAAUCGCUGCAGCGGAGUGAGACUGCUGAGAUGUACCUCCGUAUGGUUGGAUGCGGUCGCGCCAACAUUGCUGAAGUUGCUGACAUGGCACGGGCCAACAUUGCGGACAACAUUCCGAGCGAAGCCUUGCGAUGCUUUGCAAGUUUGGGCGCUUGUGGGGCCAGGGAAUCCAAUCAAGAACGAGACUUGCAUCGUUGGGUCAAAUCCCUCUACGGCUGUGGAUUGGAACCUUAUUUUGUCCCCAUGGAACUGAACGUUCCAGGCAAGCGAACGACUGUGGAAGUUCAAGUACCAAUGUUGCUGCCCCAUGAAGUGCUUCAUGAAUUGCAUCAAGCAGGGAGCUUGCAGUUCUCUCGAUCCAUGACUGGCUACAAGUCAAGCCAAAGCAUACGUGAUUUCUGGAACCACUGUGCUUCACUUAAAGAGUGGGCUGACCAUCCAGCUCUGGUUUCGGGCGUGGCGCGUGAUUGCCUGAUCCCUUUGGCAAUACACUGUGAUGGGGCAGAGUUUUAUUCCAACUCCGAGUAUAUGGUAUGGAGCAUUGGGUCAUGCCUGGUGGAAAACGACCAUGUAUUUGACACCAAAUUUGUCACCUGCUGCCUUCCGCAUGAGGCAAUGCAAUCAAACGAUGUCAAAGACGCUUGUCACCACUUGGUUGCGCAAGUCAUGGCUUGGUCUUUUCAAUGUGCAACUUCAGGCAUUGGUCCAUCAAAAGGUUGCUUUGGUGAAGUUCUUUCUGGUCAGCGGGCGAAGCUGGCUAAUUGUGAGCUUGCUGGGGGAUGGAAGGCUGCCUACUUUGGCUCUAAGUAUGAUGCAAAAGCACGGAAGGAAACCAAUAGGUUUCCCCGAAGUUACCAGCACAGUUGGGUAUGUGAAGCAUGCUGUGCCCAAAGGAAACACAAAGGGUGGAAUAGUUGUAUGACUUACCAAAACUUUUACCCACAAGCGAUCCACCGCAUGACCCCCAUCAGUACCUGGAUGAGGAAUUUGGAUUAUAAGUUUUAUGUGUUUUGCUUUUCAUUACCUGAACAAAUCAAAAACUUCCAAACCCAAAUCAAACCCUCAGGGCGGCAUUCAAAAAACUAG